CUACUCCAAAGUGAGCGUUUUCCUCUCCCAACUAAACACCCACCGGUCCCGUCCGUCCUUCGAGGUUCCACUAGCUACGCUCCCGAUCUCUGCUCCCAGAUGACGGAAAUGGAGGUGCUCUGCAUCGGGACGGCCGACACCAAGCUGGAGGAGCUUCUCUUCCUCGCCGCCCGCCUCCGCUCCACCCUCCCCGCCUCCGCCUCCAUCCCCAAGGUUCAAGUAAGCAUAGUGGAUGUCUCCACGACUAAAACAAUACCAACACAGGAUACUAAAGACAUUUCAGUUAUUGCGAGAGACACAGUUCUCUCAUGUUAUCCAGACGCCAACCAACAAGAUCUUCCAGAUGACAGAGGUGAAGCAAUUGCAUAUAUGUCAAAGGCUCUUCAGUGUUUUCUGAAAAACAAAUAUAAGGGUGGUACCCUGGUGGGAGCUGUUGGCUUAGGAGGAAGUGGUGGAACUGCACUAAUUGCUCCUGCUCUAAGAUCCCUGCCUCUCAGAGUGCCUAAGCUUAUUAUAUCUACUGUUGCUAGUGGCCAUACUGCACCAUAUGUUGGAACAUCUGACUUGGUAUUGUUUCCUUCAGUUGUUGACAUAUGUGGCAUAAACAGUGUCAGCCGUGUUAUAUUGUCUAAUGCUGCUUCAGCUGUUGCUGGAAUGGUACAUGGAAUAUUAUUGGCUUCCAGUAAAUCUGAUGAAACAGACACAAAGCUGACUGUUGGUAUUACAAUGUUUGGUGUUACUACACCUUGUGCAAAUGCUGUCAAAGAUAGACUGAACAAAGAAGGGUAUGAAACACUUGUAUUCCAUGCCACUGGUGUUGGAGGCAAAGCAAUGGAAGAACUAGUUAGAAGUGGUUUCAUACAGGGUGUGUUAGACAUAACAACAACAGAAGUUGUGGAUUACAUUGUUGGCGGUAUCAUGGCUUGUGAUAAGACCAGGUUUGAUGCAGCUAUAGAUAACAAUAUACCUCUUGUUGUCAGUGUCGGGGCCUUGGAUAUGGUCAACUUUGGAGCUCAUGAUACAAUACCUCCUGCUUUCUCAGACAGAAAGAUCCAUGUGCACAAUGAACAGAUUUCAUUGAUGCGUACUACUGUAGAAGAGAACAAGAAAUGUGCUCAGUUUAUCUCUGAAAAGCUGAACAAAUCUUCAUCAAGAGUUACUGUUUGCCUGCCACAGAAGGGUGUCUCUGCAAUAGAUGCACCCGGAAUGCCAUUUUAUGAUCCUGAGGCCACAUCUGCACUCCUGGAUGAGUUAAACACUCGUAUAGUCAAAACUGACAAUAGACAGCUGAAGCUGCUUCCUUAUCACAUAAACGAUCCUGAAUUUGCCAACGCCUUGGUGGAUGCAUUCCUGAGUAUGGAUAUAAAGGCCUCUAUUGCUUUAACUCAGAAAAGUAACUUGAUCCUACCUAAGCAAGAUGCAAAUAAACAAGAAUCUAGUUCAGAACAGAGGGCUUCCGAUAAUUCUAUCAUAUGGAGGCCUCCUAUGGAUUAUCCUGAUGCAAAACCAGAAACUUUGCAAAAGACAAAUUCGAUAAUAUAUAAGUUAAAGCAACAAAUUUGUGAGGGUACUCCUGUUAUUGGAGCUGGUGCUGGCACAGGCAUAUCUGCAAAGUUUGAAGAGGCAGGUGGGGUUGAUCUGAUUGUGCUAUACAAUUCUGGGAGGUUCCGAAUGGCUGGAAGGGGCUCAUUAGCAGGCCUCCUACCGUUUGCUGAUGCAAAUGCCACUGUACUUGAGAUGGCCAAUGAAGUGUUGCCUGUUGUUAAAGAAGUUCCUGUUCUUGCUGGGGUUUGCGCGACUGAUCCAUUUCGUAGAAUGGAUUACUUUCUUAAACAGCUAGAAGCCAUUGGAUUUUGUGGUGUCCAAAAUUUCCCUACAGUUGGUCUGUACGAUGGGAAUUUCCGACAGAAUUUGGAAGAAACUGGAAUGGGCUACAGCAUGGAAGUGGACAUGAUCUCAAGAGCUCGCAACAUGGGUUUCCUCACGACUCCGUCUGCUUUCAAUCCAGCAGAAGGUGCUGCGAUGGCUAAGGCCGGAGCUCAUAUCAUAGUGCCACAUAUGGGUCUAACAACAGCUGGAUCAAUCGGUGCAAAGACAGCUGCUACUUUAGAUGAGAGUGUUCUCCGUGUUCAAGCCAUCGCUGAUGCUGCAAUUGGUGUCAAUCCUGACAUUAUUAUUCUCUGCCAUGGAGGUCCGAUAUCAGGGCCGCGAGAGGCGGAAUUUAUCCUCAAGAACACAAAGCGGGUCCAUGGAUUCUACGGUGCAUCAAGCAUGGAAAGAUUGCCAGUUGAGAAAGCCAUCACAAACACCAUGAGGAAGUACAAAUGCAUUUCUCUAAAAUGACGAUGGUAGCUUAGAAGUGUGCAGAUGAGCCCAGUUUGUUGUCACAUAUAUCUAAAUUGUUACCAGAUGUACCUUCUGCGUUUAAACAAUAAUGAAAGAUACCGACAAAACCAUUAUAUGUGAUAUAAUAUAAUAUAUUGUCUAUCAGAAAGCAAUUCGCACGAGCGGUGUACGAUUCGUGUUGGUAUGGAUGCAUAUCGGACACGUACUAGGUUAUAGUUGGGGUCGAGACUCUAUUGUGUGUAUGACACAUCUCAUUAUCCUGCUCAAGCAUUCUUCUUGUGAAAUCAUAA